CGACGCGGAGCUGCAUUCCCACCAUUCUGUGAGGAGAGGAGGAUCCUCCUGCGCACCCACAGCACAGAGGGACACGCAGGCCGAUAAAGAGGAAAAAUAGAAACAAAAACAUUUUAAAUACCCCCAGCCAAGCUUUUUAUCUGCCACCAUGUCAGCCGGAGGAGAUUUGGGGAAUCCCCUGCGGAAAUUUAAACUCGUGUUUUUGGGAGAGCAAAGCGUGGGCAAAACAUCGCUCAUCACCAGAUUCAUGUAUGACAGUUUUGACAACACAUAUCAGGCAACCAUCGGAAUAGACUUCCUAUCAAAGACCAUGUACCUGGAAGACCGGACAGUAAGGCUUCAGCUGUGGGACACAGCUGGGCAGGAGCGCUUCAGGAGCCUCAUUCCCAGCUACAUCCGGGACUCUACAGUGGCAGUGGUUGUGUAUGACAUUACAAACGUGAAUUCAUUCCAGCAGACCUGCAAAUGGAUUGACGACGUCAGGACAGAGAGAGGAAGUGAUGUAAUCAUCAUGCUUGUGGGCAACAAGACAGAUCUGGAGGAGAAGAGGCAAAUCACGAUCGAGGAAGGAGAGCAGCGAGCCAAGGAGCUGAACGUCAUGUUCAUCGAAACCAGUGCCAAGACGGGCUCCAAUGUCAAACAGCUGUUUCGUCGAGUCGCUGCUGCCCUACCUGGGAUGGAAAGUCUGGACGACGCAAACCCCGAAGGCAUGAUUGACAUCAAGCUGGACAAACCGCCGGAGCCCACCGUCCCUGAGGGCGGCUGUUCGUGUUAAUGCCGAGCUGCUUGUGGACGGCUCCCUUCACACCAUAGGCUUGUUGUGUUGCUUAAUACUGGCUAGUUUCCAGUUGACUUCUCUAAUUGGAUAUAGGAGCGAGAGCUUGUAUCUGAUUGGACGAAUCAAAUGUUAUCUUUCAGUCUUGUUCAGUUGUAAGAUAUUGUAUACUUUGUCAAUAUGUAAGAGACCGGAGGACGAGAAUAAUAAUAAUAAUAAUAAAAAAGAGAACAAUAAACAUGUUGCAAUGAAAAGGAACAACAAAAAAAAAAAAGAAACAGUCUGGGGGAAAAAAAAAAUAAACAAAUAAAAAGAGAAAAACGGGGCAACCAACAGAUUUCUUUUCGCUGUUAUGUUUUGUAUUUUUUAUAUAUAAAAAGGGAAAGCACCAAAAACGAGGCCUAAACACGGAAGAGGAAAAAGUCGGAGGGUCGGUCGUUUCUCUUGCUGGCCGAACACGUCUGAAUGUCUGCAGCACGCAUGCACGCUGAUCUGAUCUUUGACCUGCCCUCCGGGGUCUCCGUGCUCUGGAGGGAGGCCGACUAUCUUAGAAUGUUUUAUAGCAUCUCUCUAUAGCAUCUCAUGACAAACCUUCUCUCAUUUGAUAUUCCCCACAAGGUUCAAACAACUUCCAGUAGGUUCACCUAACAGUAGCUGUGAAAACGUGUUUCCCUCCCCCCUCUCUUUCUCUCUCUCUCUCUCUCUUUCUCUCUCUCUAUCUGUCCCUCUCUCUCUUUUCUAGAACAAAAUGUACUGUGGUUAAAAAAUAAAGAGCUAAUAGAAAAGACAACGUACUGUCACAACACCCCCGUCCCUCCAGAUUACCCUCUGCUGUUCCUCCUUGCCUCCCUCUGUCGUUCUCCUUUCAGCCUCCCCAUCCCUCCAUCCCGGUAAUACACAUAUAACAAUCCACUGUAAUGCACUGCACUGUAUAUAAUAAUGUAAUAUGUAUGUUGUGAACGUCCCUUUGUAGAAGUGGUCCUUGUUCACCAGUAUGAAUAGUGUAAUAAUGUUUAAUGAUUAAUAAAUUACAGAUUAAAGGGCUUCACUCUCCUAA